CGUAAUAUUUUUCUUUUUCUCUUGUUUCAACUCUUUCAGUACGCGGGCUACACACGCAAGUGACGCGCAUUUAAAUUUGAGUAAUGAACUCUAAAUAUGAAAAAACCAAUACCUAGAUUCCAGGGUCUUUGAAAAUUCCAUUAUACGUCCUUUUAAACAUCACCUCAUGGUGGGCUCGUUAGUCGAAUGUUGAGGGGAGCUAUCACAUUCUGGGCCAAUUUCUCCACUGGUAUUCAUCUUAAUCUCCAUAAACGAACUUUACUCGAUAAUGUAUUGAGGACAGCUCACGAGUUAACGAUUCAUGGCAUGAAAGACAAGUGAGUCGAUGCUUCCUCCUAACUACCCAUAAAUCUAUCAGCUUAUUAUGAAGUCGAUAUAAAGGAGUAGCUGAAGAUAGUUUAAUCAUUUCAAUGCAAAUGAUAGUUUAGUUUUCUUAUGUUGGAGGAGUUCAAAACAUUAAGUAAUUGGAGUUGGGUAGGGAGGCAUUUGUGAUUUACAGUGGUAUUUUGUAGUGGGUUGUGAAGUGGGAGUGUUAACAGCCAUCUUCUUUGGGGGAUUUGAGAACUUUAUACUAAUGACGGGCAUACCAGUAACAGUUUCUCUUGUUGCAAUAAUGGUUCUCCUUCACCUCUUUCCACAGUUUGUUGUUGAUUCCUGCACAGAGACUAAGGAUUUUGAUCCAAAACAAUGGUUCCUCUCCAUAUUUCAUUAUGCGAGCAAGGAGCAAUUUGCAUACCAAUUUUUUUCUCUCCUAUGCAAGGGUACACUGUUGGAGAGGUCCGUAGGAAGCAAAAGGUUUGCGUCAGGCCUCCUUACUUUAUUUCUUAUCAAUGAGGGAAUGAAAGUCAUGGCAGUGAAAGGUUGGCAACUAUGGGGUGCAGCAAUCAUAUAUUCUUCAAUCUGCCAUGGUCAAUCGUGGAAAAUUCUUUUUGGCAUGUAUGGAUUUAUUCUAUGUGCUUACCAAAACUGGAAAGCAUUGGUUAUAGCGGCAACUUUUGCAGCAGAGCUGACAUUCGUAUAUUUCUUUUACCCUGUGAUACCUAUGUCUAGUCCUGUUUGUGGCACCCUUGAAGGUUUGUUAUGCUCUUAUGCACCUCAGUUAGCCAUUUAUUGUUGGAAAAUGGCUCAUAACUGUGUGACACAUCCUUUGCCAAUGAUGCAUGAGAACCUUGACCCAAGAGUUUGGAAUUGUCAAUCCUGCAAUUCUGAAAAUGGAGUGUAUCUAGCUGCUUGUGAGAGAUGUGAGGCACCUCGUGGGCAUAUUGCUUAUUCAAAUUCUGUUGUAGAUGAUCAACAAAACAGGGUGACCUUUGACAUAACGGAGCGGGUUUGGAUUUGCAGGUGUUGCUCAUCUCAGAAUGGAGUGUAUGUUCCUGUUUGUGAAACUUGUUGGACAACACGCUGAUGCACCACUGAAUAUGGAAUUAAAUCUGAUGUUAGUAUUGUUUGAAACUGCCCUGUUUUUGUGAGAAAGAGGAAAUAAAUGUUGUCUACUAGCUCUUUUAGAUCUUAGAGAGUUAAAUUAGAAAUCUUUUUCGUUGCUGAUGCCUUUUGGCGUUAUAUAGGAAUGCAUUUGGUUAGAUUGAAGGUUAGAGCAUUAUGUAAAUUCUUAUUACAGAAAUAAAGGAUAUUUUGUGUGUUUUCUGUUUUA